UCACUCGCUGUUCCUGAGGAAUGUUUAAAACAAAUUCAAUAUACAUCGGCAGAACCUUAACAUACGUGUUCAGUGUGAUAUUUAUCAAAGAUCAUCUAUUGUGGAUAGUUGAUGUAAUACGUACGCAAUUUCAAGAACACAUUUCAAAAUAUCGGGUAAAAGUAUCAAUAUUGAUAACGGCAACGUCUACAGCUUGCGUCAUAUGUCAAUAAAACACGUGGAAGCGUUUAUUUUUAGUAUCUUAGUCGCAAAGCUGGCUUGCAGUCAGCAAGGAAAACAAGCGUCAUUUCUAUAAUAAACAAAAUUACUAUAUCUAACGCACAAAAAUAGACAAAUCUCCAAUUGCAUCGCCGAUAAGAAAUCGUUAUGAAUCCGAUGUUAUUGACAACUGUCAGUUGCUUCCUCGAUAUACGCGUACAGGAACGGGGGGCGCAGGGAAUCUAUGUGCUACUCAGUCGUCUUAUAGCGAGGGGAAUUGACAUCAUCUCAGAAAAAUCGAUACUCGCAUGCCAGUAAGGGCGUAGAUAUCUUCUCACGUUGCUAGGUGAGGUUUUGGCCGAGAUUUCCGUGGUAACGACACAAUGCGAUCCAUGUUUCUCGAACAACUGGUGAUUAUCAGCUAAUGGUUUUAGCCAGAAAGGAUUCCUAAAUAUUUAGAGAGCAAACAUUUAUAUGUAUUUGUAAAAUUAGUAAUCAAAGCGUUUUGAAUCAAAUCGACUUUUCAUAAAGAAGAUGAAAAUAAAAACAUGUUUAUCGCCUAUGCAUUGAAAUGACAAUUAUUAUGACAUAAUAUUGAUUAUUACAUUUUAGGGGAUGUUUAUGUAUGUUUUAUUUGUAGAGGUUUGGAAUAUCUAAAGUAUCGUUUUCCCAAUACGCGUAUUGUUGACCUUACCCCAUCACUAUUUUCAGAUAAUGUCAAAAUCUUGUUUUUUUUUGUAAAUCACGGAUAAUAACUAUAAAAAUACGGUAUUCCUAUCUGAUAAUUAUGACAAACUGUCAGCGUCAAUAUGGGGAUUUUAGCGUGAACUGCUCAUAGCGCUCUUCCAGCAUCUGCCCAUUACUGACAACCGCCACCACUAUUUACCGUUAUGACGGCAGCAGCCACUGUAUCAAGAACUGGCGUUACAACGAGGCAUCUAGGGAAGUAAACAUUAGCGUCAGCAUCCACCUACACAUAGCUUUCCUCCCUACGUGCCUCGCUCUGGCACCGCGGCAUCGAGGCUACAGGAUAAUUUUCAUAAAACUUGAUAAUAAGGUAUCUGCCUAUCGCUUAACGGUGCGUCAGCAUAGGGAGGGCGAUUGAUCAGCGCUUUGUCGUAAUGGCGGACAGAGGUAUUUUGGUUUGAGAAAUAGGGAUGGUUUGAGCUGGAACCUGGGACACGGGAGCGUGAGGAGAGGUACAGAGAGAAGAGAUCCCCCGGAGAAGACAGAGCUAAACAGGGCCGCCUCAAUGCUACUCAGGACCCAAAUGGCGGGUCUGGAAUUCUAUGAUGCGGUGCUUAAUAAUGAGCUUCAACAACUGAAGCGUUUGGCUACUCAGUACAAAAUCGAUCUAAGCGCCAAGUUCGUGGAGGUAAGGAAAAAGAAUCACUCUGAUUUAUGCCCAAUACAUUUGGCUGCGUACAGGGGCUACACUUACAUGUUACAAUAUCUCAUAGAGUCUAAAUGCGACGUGAACCAGACGACGACGACAUUGCGACGGACAGCGCUCCAUUUCUCAGUACUACAACACAAGAUGGCGUGCAUGCUACUUUUAAUCUCAGCUGGAGCCAAAAUUGAUGCCAAGGACACGUUUGGAAACUCGCCGUGUCAUUACGCUGCCGACGACGGGUACUGCCAAAUCCUCGACGUGCUCCUACGUCGUAGUGUCGACGUAAAUAGUCAGGACAUCACCUCCAAAACACCCCUGAUGAAGGCGGUAAGAAAUAAUAAGACCGACGCAGUGUUAAGACUGUUGCGUGCAAGCGCCGACCUCAACCUUACGGACCGGAACUCGGACAUGGCUCUUCACUAUGCGGCAAGAAACGGGUGUGUUGACAUUAUUGACCUGUUGGUGGCUGGGGGUAGUCUCAUCGAUGUCCAGAACUAUUGGGGGCGGACGCCUCUCAUGGAAGCCGUCUGUUACAACCACAAAGACGCCAUAUCUCGCCUAAUCAUCGCAAACUGUGAUUUGAACCGACGGGAAUUCAAAACAGGCGACACCGCUCUCCACAUAGCCAUCAAGAGGAACUACACCGCCGUGGUGGAGCUGUUGCUGGCGGCAGGAAGUCGGCACGACAUCUUCAACCACCAAGGAGAGACAGCCGCGUAUGAAGCUGUUGUGAGUAACAAGCUGGAGGUAAUCCGUCUAAUGCUUAUGUACAACUGUGACCUUGACGUACCCGCCAAAUACUUUUCCAAUGGUGUGUAUAAGUCCAUAUUUCACUUAGCAGCAGAGAAAAGCCAGUUAGAAAUAUGUCGUCUGCUCGCCUCCCUGGGCCACGUAGAUUACGGAGCACGGGUUCACUUUUACACAAGCUACGUUCCCUCCAGACUGUGUGAACAGGAUGAGGUUCUGCACGUGCUGCGCGCGCAGAUGGGCUCAGUGGUGUCUUUGCAGCAGUUGUGCAGGAAAUCAAUUCGGAAAUGUUCAGGAAGAAACAUCGCAGAAAAGGUGGAUUCUUUGCCCAUGCCAAGAGCACUCAAGGACUAUGUGAUGAUGAAAGAAGUACGAGAAAGGUCAGAGCACGGAGCAAGCUUCUGUUGAGAAAGGCAAGACUUGAAUCCGGUACCGUGACCUGUCGUCGCCCGCUGCACGAGACGCCUGACCUUGACCAUGGACUGUCAACUUCCGGUCCAAGUAGAGUGUGAUAUUGCCCACUGGUUAUAGUGUGAAUGUGGUCAGUAUCUGUGCAGGUCAAGGUGACAUGACAUGGCAUAUAGUUCAAGGUCAGACCCAUUGCAAGAGUGUUCAUUAUAAUAUUCACAUUUAUUGAAAACGGGUACCAUUUGCCAUACUGAUUUAAAUAGAUAGUUUUACCACUUGGAUGAUCUCAGGCAGCCUUGGUUGUAAGGGUGAAGGUCAAGGUCAUUUCACCAUGAGUUGCACAGGUUGUGGGUAUCCCUUCUGUUGUCGUUUAGUGAUCUGAGGUGAAAUGCCGAAUUAACGUUGGAAGAGUUUUUUAGUCACCCCGUAUUUUUGUGUGUAGCUCUAAUAGAAGGGGGUAUGAGAACCCAGUCAUGUUGAAUUCAGUUCUUGCAUACGUUUUGCAUAAGGGUUUGGGCGAAAAGUGGUAAUAUUGCCUGAGAUCUUUGAAAACAUGUUGUGAAGGUGAAUAUGAGAUAUUGUGUGGAUAAUAUUGCCACUGAUGGUAAUAUUAGUUGUAUAUAACAUGGAUGACAAGGGGUGAAAUGUAUGAGAGUUGAGGUAUGGAAACCGUUGCCCUUGGGUAAUAUUGCCUGGAUAGUUGAUGUACAGCGUGAAGAUAGUGGGGUAUACGUGAUGGUGCACAUGAAUAUUACUGCCGAAGGUAAUAUGCCAAUUAUGUUCAAUAAUAGUAUUGAUUGAUAUGUUGGAGAUGAUAUGAGUGAUAUGUUGAUGGCAAGGAUAAGUUUGAGGCGAUAUAGAUGAUAUGUAAAUAGCAAAGGUAUGAAGACGAUGGAAUGAGUAUGUUGGAGCUGAUAUGGUUCAUAUGUUGUCUACAUGGAUGAUAUGUCAAUUGAUGAUGGUAUGGGAUAUAUGAUAGAGGUGAUAUAGAUGAUAUGCUUGUGAUGAUAUGAUUGAUGCUAUUCAUGCCAGCUGAUUAAACAUUUUUAAAUAUCCCGAGGGAGGAGACUGAGGGAAUGUCAUUUUGAGUGUUGGAACUUUCAUAUUAACGAGAUGUUUUAUGGUUAGAAUGGCACAUGUAAAUGUAAUAGUAGAUGUUAUGUGUGGACGGCAUGGUUAAUGUUGCUCUUAUAUGCAUCAAAGAGGAAUUUCAGGUACAUAGGAACCCGUUAAUCUGGACGGUUUAGUCCAGGUAAAAUCCCCCGGAUUAAGUCAUGACCCUAUAAACGUAUCACAGGUAUGGAUCGAUAUACCCCUUCUGUGUGUAUAUAUAUAGAGAGAGAGAGAGAGGAUGGGAGAGACAGGGAGAAAGGGGAGAGAGAGAGUGGUAGGGUGUUUCGGACUAACAGGGUUUCACUGUAACCACAUUAGUUAGAGACCGACCCUGAUAAUCCGGUUACUCGCUUUCCGAACACCCUACACCUACAAUGCUACAUGAUUCGUUAAUCCGGACAAAACAUAAGGUAUAUACCGUCCGGAUUAACAAGGUUUCACUGCAACCACUGACAGCGUGAGUUUCUGUUACUUAAACGUAUAUAUAUUAUGAAAUAUGAAGGAACUAUUUCCUAUAUGUACGGACAUGAAGAGAUGUGGAUGUGGUAUAUGUGUAAUGUGCCAGAGAAUUGUCCAGUGGAUCUACUUUUUGUGAGAAGGUGAUUGUGUAACUGAUUACUGGACUGAUAAUAACUGAAUGUUGUUCAGAUCGUAAUAUCAACAGGGCAAGAUGAUAUUACGUUUAUAUUUAACAGGCUCGUAUGUGGGUAAUACAUUAUAGGUAGAUAUGUUGAUAUUGUCAGGCAUAUUUAUAUGAGUGUUGGUGUAACCCUACACUCCUCACUAUAACGCCAACGCUGAGUGGAGAAUUUGUCCCGGAGGUGUCUAUUUUAAGUGAACUGGACAUACAUUUGAGCCAUGAACGCACGAACUUGCUAAAUGGUCGUUAUGGUUCUAACAUUAACUGGAAUUCAGGAAUUGAAAAAAAUGGUAUUAUCUUGGUUGGUUGGUUUGUUGUUUUACGCCGCACUCAGCAAUAUUCUGGCUAUAUGACGGCGGUCUGUAAAUAAUCGAGUCUGGACCAGACAAUCCAGUGAUUGAUAUCAUGAACAUCGAUCCACGCAAUGGGGAACGAUGACAUGGUCAACCAAAUCAGCGCGCCUGACCACCCGAUCCCGUUCGUCGCCUCUUACGACAUCAGUCUUAAUGAAAAGGACGGGGGAAAAUCAACUACUUAUAUCUAGCUAAUGGUGAGGUUCCAAGAUUGAUCGAAAGUAUUUCUUGUUAGCACAGCUAUUUUUCUGGUGAGUGCUCGGACAUUUGAAAAAAUAAUGUUUUCAAAAAGAUGUUUUUUUCGAUUCACUGAUUAUUUACCUUGAACUCCUUUCCUCCCAAACUACAUCAUAACCUUGCCUAUCCGAACUAAACGUGUGGAAUAUAGAAUCGUUUAUGAGUUUGAAAGACAGGAAUGCAGUAUAAACAGUGUCCGUAUACAAAGGGUUUAUCCGUAAGCUAUGAUCCCCUUCAAUAUAGUCGUUGUAGUAGGCUAAGUGUGUUCUGCGGAAAAGGAGAAAGCGAUUAGACCAUGUCCGUAUUAAGGAGGUUGUGUUGAACUCAAGUCUUAAUUGAAGAAUUAAUAGGCAGGAUUUUGUUUUACAAACUACUUUUUCUUACGAAUGUAGCGUUAAAAAUAGAAGAGGUGAAACGUGAGUACAACAGCUAGAUAUUGAUUAAUUCAGAUUGAUUCAAUGUAACGCUUACAUCGGGAUACCUACUGUUUCAAUGUAACGCUUAGAUUGGUAUAACGACUGUUUCAAUGCAACGGUGACAUCUGAUACAUAGAUGGAGUUAAUGUAACGCUUACAUUGGUAUGCAGAUUUAUUCAAUGUAACGCGUACAUUGAUAUACAGGUUGAUUCAAUGUAACGUUUAACUGGAGUACAGAUUGUUUCAAUGUAACGCAUACAUUGGUAUACAAAUCGAUUCAAUGUAACGUGUACAUUGGUAUACAGAUUGAUUCGCUGGACAUCACGCGUUCAUUAGUGUAAAGAUUGUUUCAAUGUAACGCUCACUUUAGUAUACAAAUCGAUUCAAUGUAACGCGUACAUUGGUAUACAGAUUUGAUCAAUGUAACGCGUACAUUGGUAUACAGAUUCAGAUGUAUAGCAGACACGUCAUCGUGGCCACUAUAACGCCACGCUGUACAAAACGACUAGUCUUAUUCUAGCAAUAUUUGCAUAAUUUGGUUUAGUGAUCUAUAAUUACAUGCAUGAACAGCAUUUAACAUGCAAAGCAAGUAUGUUCAUAGUGUGUAGUUUACAAUGAAACACAAUGUAAAUAUAGGCAUCAACAGGCCAUGUUAUCCGCUCAGCUGUGGCGUUAUAGUGAGGGCUGUCGAUGUAUCAAAUAACACACCCUGAACCGUAACAUCAAAUAAGUGUAUGUUACAGAGAAAUCCGGGUACAAACUCCAUGGAACCCCGAAAAUCAGUUCGCUAUAUCCAAACAAAAAACAUUACCAUUCCUUAGCCUUUUGAAUUUGUUAAGCUAAGUCGAUUCUCUGUUAUGCAUGACUUCGUGACAUCCGGGGUUGACUAAUACAUAUUCAUAUAGUUAAUCAGCGGAAGUAUAUAGCGUAUUCUAUACACAUAUUUUAACGUUGAUGUAUAUGAUAGUCGUAUAGAUAUAUCAAAUGUCGCACGAUGAUCAUAAAGCCAGAUUGUUUUUUUAAAUGGUCUAAAAAUUCAGAUUGGCAGGUCGAAAUCUUUUUUAAAUUAAAAAAAUAAAUAAUCCAAUUUCAAAUAUAUCUAUUAUUCCUUCAAAAUGAUAGGUAGGUAUGGAAAAGAGUGAAGGGAGGAAUGGGUUAAGAAAUAACAACAAUCGUCUCGGCUUGAUAGGCUGUUUAAUACAAUAAAGACAUUUUUAACAUUUAACUUAUUUCUCUUCGGCGGAAUAUAAAAACACCGCUUUUCAUCAAUUUUUGUUAUCACAUUAAAUUUUGUUUGAGUCGGAGGAUUCGUAACCCAAGUUUAAAAAAAGUCUGGCCUAUCGUAGGACUGAUCUAUGGUACACAGAUGGGAAAUGAAGGGAAUACGCCAGUAACUAUAAAUCCUUGGGGCCAUACAUUCGAGUAAUCCGUUCUUCGAGAACAACGGAAUUCCGAUAUAAGACCAUGUAAAGUUAUACGGGGACCAUGACGUUACCUCGUUUUAGACGAUGGUUCGAGAUAAAGGAUUUCGAGUUAACAAUAUUUUAUUGGUAGUUUGUAGAAAGGAACGAUAAUGUUCGUUCUAUUAUGUUCACGCAGCAUUCCAAUAAUUUGCAAGAACAAUUUAUCUUGUCUUUUUAGCAUUUGAAAAAGAGGGCGAUACUAAGAAAGAAACUGGUUCAUAUGUGGUUCAGGAUAUUUCUGAUAAAAAUAUGCUGUUUUGCAGAAUCAUGUAAUGUUAAAGUUUUAUUACAUAGAUUUCAAUUGCAUUCCUAACGGUUGAAGUGACAUGUUUGAAUUAGGAUAGUGUGGUAUUUUUAGUUGACAAUCACAUCUGCAACUGACCGAUAUAUACUCUUCUGUGAUUGAAAAAUACAUUGUUACUUUAUUAAAUCAUUGUGGACUAUAAUUAUUGUUAAAUUGUUUGAAUAUCAAGUUGUGCUGAAUUACAUGUAAGACUGUUAAAUUAUACCACCCUUCUCUAGGCAGAGUUGCGUCCCUUAGGUCGUGCCAGAAACCUUUGAUUGGGGUUCGGAUCUCGGUUCGCCGUUAUUGUUUCUAGGUUUGUCAGUGCUCGUUGGUUGUACUAAAGUGGUAGACCUGCAACGGUUAGGACUCUCUAUCCAUAUUUAUCUGACACUCCCUGAAAUAGCGUUGUUAAAAAAGUGUUGUUAUACAUCAGCAAUGAAUCAAAACACCAGUGGGGUACCUCAGGGCAAUUGUGGGCGGUCGGGUAGCCUUGUGGUCAAAGCGUUCGCUCGUCACGCCGAAGGUCCGAGAUCGAUUACCCACAAGGGUACAAUGUGUGAAGCCCAUUUCUGGUAUCCCCCGCCCUGAUAUUGCUGCAUUAUUGCUAAAAGCGGCGUAAAACCAUACUCACUCACUCAUGGCCAUUAUAGAAACUCUUGUUCAUCUCUUUUCAGUUGUGAUUAAUACCUCAGACUCAUUCGCAAUAGCCAUCGCCCAAAUCGCCCAUAUCUCCAACGGAAUUUCCCUCGCUCGUGUCAGUAAUUUGAUUGGCUAUUUUUUGGCGCGCAAUUCGAAUCACGCUCAAAACGAAUUUACGGCAGCGAAUGGGUCCAGGGUAUUUAUUAAAAUAAAAAGGUGGUAUAAUACCCUGCAUUAUCGAGGAUGCCUCGAGGCACGUUCAAUCGAUUUUAUUCUCGACCCCGAUUCCUCGGAGCAAGAGUGUACCAAGUUCUGGGCGUCGUUGAAGGGGCAACGAGUAGUUUUGAGACCGAAUUUGGUUUGCAAAGAUAAGGCUUGAAAACUUUCACAGCAAUACUUGGAUUGAAAUCAGCAGAAGCGUUUCCCAUCUUACCAAUGUUGCUUCCGUAACAAAGUCCGGAUAAAAUGGCAGUCUACAUUUUGGAUUCCUGAUUAAAAAUCGUUUUUCCUCUACCUACUCACGUACCAUGUAUUCCAUACAAUGUAAUAUAUUAGUCGGUUUACAAAACAAUGGCCUUAAAUUCAGUGAAGGUGGUCGAAAAAUAUCUUCUUCUUUUUCCAAGUUCCAGCGUAGUACUCUACGUCUUAUUCAACAUUUUUUUACUAUCAGCGGUGAUACAAUCUCAUCGGUCUUUUUCAUUUCCCCUAAUUGUCUAAUUGUCACUUAAAGUCUUUUUUCGAAUUUCAGGUCUUUUAUGUCGAUCGGUCUCGUAAACCAGCUAAACAAAUAUAUGGCCUUGGCGUAUAUAUUUACCCUAUUUAUGCAGAAACCAGGUCUCAAUAUUCAACAUGGCACUGAUUACAAAAUCCAACACUAGCCUUAGGGCACCAGACCGGGGGCACAUAGUUCCCCCUUAAAUUACUCUUAUAAUACAUACUACCCAGCAUAUGAUAAGGGCACGGCUUGCGUGAGCUUGGUUAACGCCGCUUUGAACAGUAUUUCAGUUCUGUGUUACAUGUUUGGUGCUGACAGACUUAGGAUAUUAAUUAGGGGAAUCUGAGAUCCAAACCAGAAGAUCCGGACACCACUAAGGGACGCAACUCUGCACAGCGAUUGUUGUGGCCCCAAGAUAAAUGGAGAUAUUUCCGAGUAUUUACAUUUUGGUGUAUGUGGAACAAUAUGAACACCCCAAUCAAUAGUUGAGUAGUACACAAGAUAUCAAACUUCUGUCCUAUAGAUAUAUAUUUUUGAUCUAUGAUGAUGAAUUUUGAGGUUAACCUUUUUAAGCCGCUGCUUUGUUAUCGUUUCAUAUGAUUAUUUCUCAAUGUUUAUUGUGUCUGCGGCGACAGGAUGGAUCUGUGAUAUUAUAUAGUGUGGUUACUUCAGUAAAAAUCGUUGUUAGUUUAUUUGUUGAAUGUAUUAUGUGGGAGACGAUAUGGAGCUUAUAAGAAAGAAAUCAUAAUAUAUAAGCUCGAAAUUACCGUAUUUCCUCUAUUAAGAACAGGUCUCUAUUAAGGGCCAGGUCAAGGCGUAAGGUUUCUCAAAAAGGGAGCGGGACCUCUUAUAAGGGUCAGGUAUUGGGGUAAAGUUUUGAAAGAAGUACAGGGUCGGUUGCUACAGCUAAUGAUUAUCCCCCAUUGCAUUGAAAACCAUACCGUUUUAAAUACUUAGCCGUCCUUCUUUUCGCUUCCAAAAGGUUUUUUUCUGAAAGGGGAAUCUGGACACUUAUUUGCCGGAUCCAACAUAGAAAUGAAGUGAGGACCCGCGCUCUUAAUCGAGGAAAUACGGCAACUAUGAUUUUCUUCUGUACAUUACACACGCAUAGGAAACGAAACCAAAGUUGAUGAAAACCCGAAUGUUUGCAGUGGUGAGAUUCAUACGAAGCGUAUGCCCAUCGGGGAACAGUGACCGUACUCUGCUUUAAAUUGAGAUUUCUGGAACCAAAAGAAUCAGACCAGCAAAUCCUCGAUCAGAGGAUUUGCUGGAAAAGGUAUGACCCUUUACAAGCUUAUUCAAAUGAUUAUGUGUGAAUGCAAAUCCGGGGAUUUAUUUUCAGAACCUGGUUGAAUGUACGUGAGUCUUUCUGUAUGUGCACUCAGGGUGAUCUAGAGAAAAACGAGUCGUUGUCAUGAGAAAAUAUCUUUAUGAUUUAGUUGUUUUAAAAUAAAUCGAUUUAACAUUA